UGUGCGAGGACAGUGAUAGCUUAUGGUGGAACGAACGGUUCUUGCAGAAGAAAUGAUUCGUCUCCCAACGGCGGUGCGACAAAGACAGCACCGCGUCAGGGAGUUGCCCUGCGUGUAAAAUGGCGACUAUUUCCAUUCCCAGGUAAAAGAGUAAAAAUGAUGUUUUGGAUAGUAAUAUCUCAUGCCGAGUAUGAUUUCAAGUUCGUGUCACUCCACAGCUUUUAGCUGCUUUGGAAUCAGAUUCAAAGCCUCCUGUUGCUUCCACCAGCUUUCUUCAACCCAAGUGACAAAGACAGCUACAAUGACGUGAUUGACCUAAGAACGAAGCUAUCUUAUUAUUGUUCUAUCCAUAGCAUUUCCACGCCUUAGUGAUCGAUUCGACCCAUCAAUCAAUUAAAGUUCAGAUUAAGUGGAUGUCACCAAAUAUAUCCGUACAUAUGACUUCGGCGAGGUGUAUGGAUAAAUUAUAAUUUCCUGAUUGCUACGUGACGGCCUGCAGGAAUGGAUAAGGACUCGAUUUCCAGCACAUUCACGUUUCCCUCGUCAGGUCCAAAGUGCUGUGUUAGUAUAAGAAGCCGUCCGCUUUCCCUCGAACAAACUCGCCAUUCCCCUUCUCUUCCUCGACACAUCCCCCCCAUUCGCCUCCGACUCCAGCGGGAGAUUCCGCAAUGGGUACGAUGACAAGAUCGCUCUUGGGGCUCAAAACCCUCCCCUCGUUCGCCCCUCUGAAUUGUGGGCCUGCUUCGAGGAACGCGGUCUCUUCUCCCGUCGCUGGUUGUCGGAGCAACAGCCAGGUCGAUCGGAUCCUGAGGUUCCGCUGCCCCAGGCCUGGGAUUCUGAUCAGGACGCGGCCGACGGUGCAAAGGGACACCGUCGCGAGAUCGGCGAUCGCUGCUUCUGGUCCCGCUGAUGCCGCUGCAACCUCCCUAACCGGUUCUGAAUUUCAAAUGGUGCCAAGAAUCAGGGGGAUUUGCUUUUACUCUGUCACGGCUGUGGCUGCGAUCUUUCUGUUUGCUGUAAUGGUGGUGGUGCACCCGUUUGUGGUCCUGUUUGAUAGGUAUCGGCGCCGGGCUCAUCACUUGAUUGCAAAGAUUUGGGCAACAAUGACUAUCGUCCCUUUCUAUAAAUUUGAGUUCGAGGGAAUGGAAAAUUUGCCGCCUCAGGGCACCCCAGCUGUUUAUGUCUCCAACCACCAGAGCUUCCUGGACAUAUACACCCUUCUGACGCUAGGGAGGAGCUUCAAGUUCAUAAGCAAGAGAAGCAUUUUUCUGUUUCCGAUCAUUGGGUGGGCAAUGUUCCUCAUGGGUGUAAUACCUCUUCGCAGAAUGGAUAGCAGGAGUCGGUUGGAUUGUUUCAAGCGAUGUAUGGAAUUUGUGAAGAAAGGGGCAUCUGUUUUUUUCUUUCCAGAGGGAACAAGAAGUAAAGAUGGAAUGCUGGGUGCUUUCAAGAAAGGGGCAUUUAGUGUUGCUGCAAAGGCUGGUGUACCUGUUGUGCCCAUAACCCUUAUUGGAACUGGCAAGAUUAUGCCUCCUGGAAAGGAGGGCAUAUUAAACUCAGGUUCAGUGAAAGUUGUAAUACACAAAACUUUGGAUGGAAAAGAUGCAGACAAACUAUGCAAUGAAGCUAGAGAUGCAAUAGCUCGAACACUUUUGCUUCAUGGCUACGGAGUACAUUAAAAUGAGUAUCUGGAUAUUGCUCAAUUUCAGACAUCUCAUGUCGAUGGUUGCACUUGGUUGAACUUUUUUUCAGGUAAAGCUGUCAGCCUUCAAUUGGUUGCUUAAUUGAUCGAGUUGAAAGUUUGUUUUGAAAUUUUCUUGAUGCAUCCAUCAGACAUCUGAUUUAUUGUGUCUCGCCUCUUGCACCAUUAUAUGUGGACAAGGUUGGGUACCAUCCAUGAGUUUGUGAGCAACGGUUGAAUGAUCCAAAUAAGAAACCAGGUCAAAACAUUAUUCUUUGCCAUUAGAACAGUAUCAUUGGUGCACUGAGAAGCGGAUUCGAGGAUAAGAAUGGAUUUGUAGCUUUUAAGCAAUUUUUUGAGGCAAACAGGUUAGAAAUAGAUUGAUACAUAAUAUAGCUGAAUGUUGACCAGAUUGAUACAUAAUAUUGCUGAAUGUUGACACAAUAUCCAACCUGAAUCUGCAUUCUUGAUCAGAAUCAUGCCCAAGUUCUUUGCAAUUGAACCUUGUCAACAUCAGAUAUCAAUGAGGUUGUAGCUAUUGGUUCUAAUAUAUGGAGGAAGCGAUCCUCAGAGCACUACUUGGUUGUUGGAGACUUGAAGGCAACUGCCGACAAUUGAAAUUAUUGUUAAGUAUCUAGCUUGGAAUCAGGUGCACUUGCAGGGUGCAAUUGAGGCCCUGCGUUGGGAUUUAAUUUGUCAGUGGGACAUGAUGAUGAGUUGAAGAUUGAAAUGGAGAGACUGAUCAGGUGGCUGGUUUGAUAGAAAGAUUAACCCGUAUGGGCAGGGUGACCCAUGGAGGCAUCCACAUAGCACUAGAAAUGGGCUGCCAGUUACUGUUCUUCAGGACAAGGAUCCUCUGACUUGAUACAAGGAGAAUAAACAAACUACACAAGCAUGAUUUGAAAACAUGAUAUGGCUUAUAGAAGCACUACCUUUUAUAGAGGCCGGGAGGGAGGACUUCUAGUUUAAUACAGAAUUUUGAUGAGUGGAGAUGGCAUCAGAAUAAGAAGCAGAAGGUACUCUUUGUUUCUGAGUUCUUUUCUGCUCUGAUAAAAUUCUGUGACCCUUCUAUAAACACUGUUGCAAAGUCUUCAUUUCUGUAAACAUCGAUGGCGUGAAAGGUUUAUGAAUACGAGUGGUUCCGAAUCCUAAAGGUUAUAUACAGAAAUUUAUUCGUCUGCGGAUCCUGACUCAACGUAAAUUAUUUUGUUGUCCACAGCUCUCUCAUCAUAGGAAGCUAUACAGGCUCUCGAAGGUUUGCUGCUUUGCAUGUGAAAUCUCAAAGUCCUGCCAUGAUCAUGUAGACAUUAACAAGAAAGUAACUGUAGUAGAUUACAGCAACAUACAUUUCUUGAAAGAAGGAAAAGGGAUUUAAAUGACAAAGAUACAGAGGAAAACAGACAUGUCAAUCCAGAACACAUCACCAAAGACCCAAGGAACGACAACAUCAGCUAGUCUUUGCCUUUGGAACUUCAAUGGUUAUCUUGAACCAAGGAAUCCGCACAGAUAUCGUCCUCUGGUACUCUCUGAAGGCUUCAGCCCUGUAAUCCUUCUUCAGCAUUAGCCGCUCUACCAGCACCGUGACAUACGCCAAGCACAAGCUAUUCACGAGUGGGCCGAUGAGAAUCCACCCUUGCACGUUCCAUGCGAACAGAAACAGAGACCACCACCAGAGCUGUUCCCCCAAGUGGUUGGGGUGGCGAGAGUACCGCCAUAGCCCCUCCUCAAGGUUUGGCACCAAGGGUGCACCUUGUCUGCUUAAUGUUUCGUUCCUGCUGACGAAUUCCUAGAGUUCUGUAUCCGCGGAGUAUGCGAUGACUUUUCCGCUUAUGCAGGAUAUUGUGGCGAAGGAGUCCCAGAGAUUCCAAGGUUUGUCACUCGAGUGAAUCGCAUACAUUGGCAGGCAUAUGCCGAUCAAGAACACGUGCCGUAUCAAAAUCUUAUUAGGACCUGUAUUAGAAAGAUUCACAGCCGCAUUUUCUCGAACAGUUGAUGGGCACAAAAAGAAAGGGGAGGAGGGCUUCGAAUUCUCUCACCUGCUGGGGGAGGUAGACGGCAAAUAAGGAGAUCCACCACCGGGGCCAGCCGUACUCCAUCCUCAUCUUGUGCUCCCUCGUCCCCCACUGUCACAUUUCCCUCCGAAAAUAGUUGUGGGUGAGCCUAACGC